CGUUUAUAAUGAUAAGUCUUUUGAUCUUGUGGCUGCUUUAUAUGAUAAUGCAAAAAAAAAAUAGAAUGUCAAUUAGGACGUGUAAAGAAAUUUGACAGCCUAGCGGGAAUCUGCACCACCAUUACCACAGGAUUGGAGUGUUAAAGCAGACGCAAAUAGGGGAACACUGGUCAAAAAGCAGACAGCGGGAUGAAUGCCAAAAUAUUUUUAUUUUUAUGCCAUCAGCUGUUCGAUAUUUUGCGUUUAUCACAAAAUCCUCUAUUUCAACUGAAAUAAAAAUAAAUUAAUGGAUAUGGUGGACUGUGAGCGAGGAAACAGAGAAAAUGGUGAAGAUGUGACUACUAUUUAUGAUUUAAAUGACGAUUGUCUGGAAUGCAUAUUCGAACGUAUCCAAGAUUUACCCACUCAAAUACAAAUAUCCAAAUGUUGUCAACGUUUUCAAUCUGUCAUACAAAAUCUUUGGAAAAGACAAUCGCAUCACAGAGUCUUGGCCUUCAAUAUGUUGCCCACAAUAUUGCAAAAUUACGACGAUUUUGGCCAUUACCUCAGAGCUUUGCGUACCGAAUUCGACACUCUCUUGAUUAUCGAUGACUGUUUAAAUGUAUUUCUAAAAGAAAUGGAGGAAUGCGGCAUCGAAAGUCUACCUGCGGUGGAAAAAUGCGAAUUCCAUGAUGAUGUUACGGAAUGCUAUCCAAACGAUGAUGACAUUGAGUCAUUAAGCAGACUAGUGCCUAAUCUGAAAUACCUCCAAAUAACUGUACCAAUAUCGGGGAGAAAUUUAACAAAGUUUCAUAACUUGGAAGAGCUUCAUUUGUACGAUGAACAAACUAAAUCAAUUGAAAUGGAUGAAAAUGCAUUUAGAGAUGUUCUCUUAAAUCUAAAGAAUCUGCGUGUACUGGACAUAAGAAAUUAUGAGUGCAGUCAAUUGAAAUUGAGCUCAGCUAUUUUAAAAUGUACAAAAUUGGAGGUGUUAAAAUUGAAUUUAAACACCUUAAAACCAGGCCUCGAUUAUGUUCUAAAAAUGCCGCAUCUUAAACAGCUAAAAGUGCUGCUGGAUCAGGAAAUUGAUGUGUCCCAAAUAGAGAAUGUGGACACCCAUGAUUAUAUGAUUUACGAGACCGAGGAAUAUUAUCAUAUACUGCGCGAGAAGGGAAGUCAUAUUCUGGGUUUAGCUGUUGAUUUUCACUUCUUACCCGUAAGCUCUACAUGGUUUAAAGAUUUUCGUCUUCUUAAUCCAGAAAAUUUAAGACUUUUGGCGUUGUCUAAUUACGAAUUUACUGCCGAUGAAUAUGAAAACUGUUGUUUUCCUCACUUAGAAAUGUUGUGUCUUAGACACUCGGAAAAAUUACACGCCGUUACGGUUCUUGAAAUGUUGCACCUUUGUCCAGUUCUUAAACAUCUAGAUCUGUGUUAUUGCCUCAACUUGGACAAGUCCCUUCUAAAUGGUUUGACUAUAUUCUUGCAAAAUCAAAAAAGGUCGCAUGCCUUAUGUGUAUACUACAGAAUGUCAGGUUUGGAAAAAGAAAUUGAAGAGAAUUCAACAUUUUGGACUUCUCAAAAAUAUUUGAAACUGCUCAACGACAUUCCACCGGACUCCGAUAUUGGGUUAAGCUAUGUGCAGCGAGGUUUUGCUUUCUAUUUUUGAAUUUUAAUCGCUCAAUUAAGUAUAAUAAUGACCAAAAGGUACCAAUAAAAACGGUAUACGGAAUGAAUGUA